UGCCUCUUCGAAACAUAUAUUUCAGCGCCGGUCGGCAGGCAAACGAAAGCAAGAAGAUGCCACUGGCUCCAUCGCCCAAGUCGAGGUGGCCAACUUCAUGUGCCAUACAUUCCUCAAAAUCGAUUUGGGCCCAAAGAUCAACUUCAUCGUCGGACACAACGGAUCAGGCAAGAGCGCCGUCUUAACCGCCCUGACCGUCUGUCUCGGCGCUCGGGCAACCCUCACGAACCGAGCAAACAGCGUGAAAGAUUUCCUGAAAGAAGGCUGCAAUGUCGGGUCCAUCACUGUCACCAUCCGAAAUGAAGGCAACGACGCCUACAAGCCGAGCGAGUACGGCGAUCGAAUCAUUGUCGAACGAAAGAUCAGCAGGGAGGGCUCCGGCGGCUACAAGAUCAGAGCCAAGAAUGGCAGAGUCAUAUCCACAAAGCGGGAGGAGCUCCUAAACAUCAUGGACAGCAUGGGCAUCCAUGCCGACAAUCCCAUGACGAUCCUCACACAGGACGCCGCGCGGGGCUUCCUCGCCAACAGCACAUCCAAGGAAAAGUAUCAGUUCUUCCUUACCGGCACCGGUCUCCGGCAAUUGAGCGCCGACUACUCCGUCAUCACGGAGAGUCGCCACACCUUAGACCAGCAAAUCCGGCGCAGAUCCGAGGUCCUACCGGACAUGAAGAAGGAGGUCAAAAGGUUGGAACAGGUGGUAAAAGGUCUCGAACGCGCGCGUAAAAUCGAGGAAGAGGUGGCGAUGCUCAAAGAGAUGUGGGUCUGGUCCGAAGUCAAAGAAGUCGAGCAGAACCUCGAGGCCCGAAAGGCCGACGUGGUGCAGAAACAGAGAUGCUUGACCAAAGUGACGCAAAAGCUCCAAAACUCCGUUGCCAAAUGCGAGGAGCUGGAUGGGCAAGUCCAAGCGCUGGAAGCUCAACUCGCUGCACAACAAGGACGUAGCGCGCCCCUUGUGCGGCAGCGCGCGGACCUGAGAGCGGAGUUGGAAGAAGUGCACAAGGCUCUCAGGGAAGUCGAUAACGAAAUACAGGAGAUGAACGAGGCCGUCACGCUCAACCGACGCAACAUUGCCGAUAUCGAUAGACGCAUCGAGGAGGAGACGCAGAAAUUGCAGGUGGAUGGACAAAUGACCCGCUUCAACCAGCUUGCAGCCAUCAAAGCGCGCGAAGACGCAAAGGCCGAGAUCGAGGCGACGCUCCGGCGAUACGACGGCGAGCGCGCCGCUGUAGACCAGGAAUGGGACCAGGCGAAACGAGCGGUCCACGAUCUAACCAGCAACAUGCAGCGUCUGCAGACCGCCCAGCGCUCCCAGCAGGACCGCCUGCACAGCCUGAGCAACCAAAGCUCUGACCGCCUCGAGGCGUUUGGGCGCGAGAUGCGGCGGGUGAUGGAGCAGAUCGAGCGGUUCGAGCGCGAGAAGCGCUGGAAAGGCGCCAAACCCCUCGGCCCGAUCGGGCUGCACGUCAAGCUCCGGCAGACCGAUUUCGGCAACGCGAUCGAAACCCUCCUCGGAAACACCCUCAACUCCUUCGCGGUCGAGACCCCCGAGGACGUCCUGACGCUCCAGAAACACAUCCUCGACCCCUGCGGCUGCCGCUCCAGCAUCCUCCGCUACCGCAACCAGCGCAUCGACAUCUCCCGCGGCGAGCCCCACAAGGACCUCAUGACCGUCUACCGCGCCAUCGAGGUCGACAAUGAGAUCAUCCUCCGCCAGUUGGUCCUCAACCACGCGGUCGAGAAGAGCGUGUUGGUGUAUACGAGACGCGAGGGCGAGCAGAUCACCGGCGGUGGGUUCCCGCAGAAUGUGAAUGUGGUCGUGACAAAGAACUGUUUCAGUGUCGGGAACCGAGGCGGGGGGCUGAGCACGAGCUCGUUGAUGCAGUACAGGGGCCGCCCGAGGAUUCUGCAGGAUAUUUCCUCGGUUAUUCGAGAAGCGGAAAGGGAACUCCGAGCCACGGAGAGCGAGAUCGACCGGCUGGGCCCGCUCUUGCUCGAAGCCAAAGGACAUCUGCGGCACGUGGAAGACAAGCAGAAGACGCUGAGGAACGAACAUGCCAAGUCACAAAGGCACCAUACACAGACGGUGCAGGAUAUCGCGCAGAUGAAUGAUGAUUUGGUGGAUGAGAAUGAAGGGGAUAAUAUCGGGCCCUUGCGUGAGGCUAAAAGGGCCGAAGAAGCCAACAUCGAAGCCACCGCCAACCAAUCGCGCGAAUGCCUGCGCCGCCAACAAGACCUCCGCGCCUCCGAACAACCGAUCCGGCACCAGAUCCAGCACCUCGACGACGAGCAACGCAUCAUCGAGCGCGAAAUCAACCAGGUGGUCGAGCACAUCAACGCCGCCACCUUGGCCCUCGCGCAAACCACCGCACAGCGCGAGCGCUACGAAGCCGGGCUGGUCCAGGCGCAGGGUGACUUACGCGACGCGGAACAGGCCGUCGCGGAGGCGGAGGAGGCGCUGCGGAGCGAGGUGGAGAAGGCGGAGGCGUAUUGCGAGCGUGUGGAACCACGGAGUGGGAGGGAGGCGUUGGAGCAUGACAUAAGGACGUUGGAGGCGACGAUCAGGCAGAUUGCUCAGACCCACGGCGACUAUAACGUCAUGAAAACCACGUACCUCGCCAAACUGCACGCGUACGAAGAAGCCAGGAACGAGAUCAAGGACUGGCGCAAGCUUGGGCAGGCCGUUGGCGAGGCGCUCAACGUGCGCAUGGCACAGUGGAUCGCGUACCGCGGCUACGUGUCCAUUCGCGCCAAGUUCCUCUUUGGGGAGCUGAUGGGCAAGAGGGGGUACAGGGGCCGGCUGAAGCUGAAUCAUCAGGCAGGGGCGUUGGAACUGGCGGUAACGGUCAACAGCGACGAAAGCAGCCGGUCGGCCAAAGGCAAGGGCAAGGAAAAGGAUCCGCGAUCGCUCUCCGGCGGCGAGAAGAGUUUCUCGACCGUGUGUCUGCUGCUCGCGUUGUGGGAAUCCAUGGGCAGCCCGUUCAGAGCGCUGGACGAGUUUGAUGUGUUCAUGGACGCCGUCAACCGCCGCGCCGCAAUGACGGCCAUGAUCGAGAACGCGCGCGAGUCCGACAAGCCGUGCCAGUACAUCUUCAUCACCCCGCAGACCAUGGGCAGCGUGCCCGGCCUCAACGGGGAUGAUGUGCGCGUGCAUCGGAUGAUGGAUCCCAAUCGCGCAAACUUCUUUGGCGCCGCGGCGGCUGGGGGCGCGAGUCAGGCGUGAGGGCGGUGGUCGGUGGUGGGGGAAAUCCCUACGUCUAGCCCCUACUUGAUAGGAACAAUAGGCCACACAACCCUCUUCCGCCCCUUCCCCUU